CAGAGGAAACGAAAUGGCCACAAAGCAGGAGCUUCACAAAUUUUAUCCCUUUCUUUCUCUCCAUCCAUGGCGACAAUUUCUCACUCCUCUUCAAUCCAUCCUCCAUUGUCUUCCUCAAUCUUCUGCUCAAUAACCUCCAUUAACCCCUCACAAUACAUCCCAAUUUUAAACCCUAACAAAACCCUUUUGUCCGCCGUUUCUUCUUACUCGUCCAAGCUCCAUUUAAUUCCUCCACAAGAACACAUUUUUGAUCCCAUUUUAUUAUACACGAGUGGAUUCAAACCCCCUUUGGAUACUCAAACGUUUCUUGCCACAAUCAGCGUUUUGGUUGCGAUUUCCCUCUCACUGUUUCUUGGUCUCAAGGGAGAUCCAGUUCCUUGUGCGAAAUGUGCUGGAAAUGGUGGCACAAAAUGUGUUUUCUGUAAUGAUGGGAAGAUGAAAAUGGAAACAGGCUCAGUUGAGUGUAAAGUAUGCAAGGGUGCAGGAUUGAUACUCUGCAAGAAGUGUGCAGGUUCUGGAUAUUCAAAACGUUUAUGAGUUAGGUUUUGAUAUUUUGUUUUAGCCUCUUAAUAUUAAACAUGAACCUAGUGGAGAUUUGAAAUAUGUUGUAAGUGGCACCUUGUAUAAUUUUGUAAUUAUAUUAUGAUUUCGGGGGCUUUUCACAAUUCAUUUGGUGUGAAUCUUUGUAUUGAGGAAAAGUAGGAACUCAGAUGCAAAAUGCCUUAAAACAUGCUACUUUUGUCAGCUUUUAGAAU